UCAUUUUUGUUAACCCUAAUCGACUCCUCUCCUUCUCAAUCUAUCUCUGAAACUCUUUGAACCUCUUUCCUUCUCAUAUCUCUCUCAAACCCUCUCUUCUUUCACGAUGUCCGUAAAGAAGCGACAAAAAAAAAUGGGAAGUCGGCGAAGACACCGUCACCCCUUCCUCCGCAGUACGAGUUCAUGCCAAGGAGCACACCGCCUCCGCCGUUCCCCAAGCGCAAAUCUGGACCGUCUGUGAGUGACUACCCACCUCCGGCGCAGCUGUUCCAGGCGUCGAGUUUCCAACCUCGAUCGUCUCCACCGCCUCGACCUCGAGGAUCUCAAACCUCGGCCAGUGAAAACCGUGCAUCUCAACCUGGACGACGUCCAGUCUCUGUGACUCGAGCUCAAUCUCCUAUCAGUUCACAAGCUCAGAACUCUGACACCGAACCUCCAGAAGCGGAGGAAAGACACGAAGCACCGCCACCUCCAGUACAACCAACUCUCUCUGAAGACCAGAUGGAAGUUCUUAACGCUCUGCUAUCCCAGCCAAACCGAGAGCUCACCUGUCUGGUCCUUUCUCCCACCUUGGAGCUUGGAACCAUGUGGUUUGGUCAUGACAAGUCUGCACUGACCCGUAGGAUCACCAAGGUCUUUACAAACAAAUUUGAUGAACCUUUUUACAGUUUGAGUGUUGUGCCUUGGGACAGAAAAGAAAGGUUCUUUGUUGAAUUUGCAAAAAGUCACACUUGGCAUCCAUCACUAACUGGUGUGGUUCAAGAAAUGUUUGAGAAGAUUUGUCAGCUCCGUAUGAAAGGCAUGGUUAGCACCUGUAGGACAUCUCGCAAGCGACCAACUUGGAUUGUCAAUGAUUUGUGGAAAAUAAUGAUAAAGCAUUGGGACACUGCUGCAGCCAAAGCAAAGAGUAAGAAGGCUUCAGCUGCUAGGAACUCUGACCGUAAUGGACUUGGUCCUCACAAGCACAACUCCGGGCAGAUAUCUUACCUACAAAUUGAACAAGAAAUGGUUGAGGAAUUGGGCAGACCAGUCACUAUUGGUGAAGUUUUCAUCAAGACACACACAAAAAAAGAUGGCAGCUUUGUUGACAGGAAAGCACAGAAAGUUGCAGAGACAUAUCAGAACAACAAACAAGUCAAGUUGACUGACCUUGGCAAUGAAAACUCAGAGACUUCAGAUGGUACUUCACAUGCUCCACAGCUCUCUAUAGAGAAGGAUAAUGAGCUCUUCCUGCAGUCCACUUUCACAGAUAAAAGAGGAAGACACUAUGGAAUAGGCAGUCUCGAGAGUACUCUUGUGAAUGGGAAGCGGAAGUACAGCGUAUCAUGCUCUUCAUCAUUUUUUGACCUCCAAAAACAGUUAGACUCAGCUCACCGCAUGAUCGAGAAGCAGGCAGCUCUCAACGCUAAGCAAGAAAAGAAGCUCGCCAAGGCACAAAAGGAGCUCAAAAAAUUCUCUAAAGUGGAUAAGUUUUUAUCUGCAACUGAUCCAAGGUAUGCAGCUUUCAUGGAUUCUAAUGAUGAUGAUGAUGAUGAUGAUGAUGCUGAUGAAGAAGAUGAUGAAGAAGAUGAUGGAGAAGGUGAUGUAGAAGGUGAUGGAGAAGGUGAUGGAGAAGGUUAUGGAGAAGGUUAUGAAGAAGGUGAUGAACAAAGUGAUGAAGAAGGUGAUGAAGAAGAUGAUUAGUUUCUGUGUAUGGUACUUGCUUUCUUUUCUUUUUGAAAACUUGUCUAACUCCAAUAGUAGGAGUUUCUUUUGAGACUUGUUGUAUGAAAUAUUUCUUCUAAUAUUUCUCCAGAAGUAGGAGUUCUUUUGCUUUAUGAAUUUC